AUGGGAAAAGGAAAGCCCCGUGGACUCAACGCCGCCCGCAAGCUGCAAAACCACCGCCGCGAACAGCGCUGGGCAGAUCUCUCGUACAAGAAGCGCGCGCUCGGAACCGCUUUCAAGUCUUCGCCUUUCGGAGGCUCGUCGCACGCCAAGGGAAUCGUUCUCGAGAAGGUCGGUGUUGAGGCCAAGCAGCCCAACUCUGCUAUCCGGAAGUGUGUCAGGGUGCAAUUGAUUAAGAACGGAAAGAAGGUUACUGCUUUCGUCCCCAACGAUGGUUGUCUCAACUUUGUAGACGAGAACGACGAGGUCCUGCUCGCUGGAUUCGGUCGUAAGGGAAAGGCGAAGGGAGAUAUUCCCGGUGUGCGAUUCAAGGUCGUCAAGGUCUCUGGUGUCGGUCUGUCUGCGCUGUGGAAGGAGAAGAAGGAGAAACCCAGAUCAUAG